GCGUUACCCAUAGUGCACAGAGCGGUCCUGUUACUGAUCCAGGGUCUCGGCUGUGGUUAGACAUGUCCAGUCUGCAGAGAACGGCCCCUGCCUCUCAGGCUGUGUCGCUGCCCCUGGAGCAGGUUAAGGAGGCUCUGGGGGAAGUGCUGAACGCUCUGCAGUCGCCUACAGGGAGUGCCCGGCUGGAAGAGGCAAGAGAGAAUUCCGGAAAUGACCUUGGAAAAGUCUUGCAGCUUCUUCUCCCAGCAGCCGUACAGAUCCAGCAGGAGGUCCUGCAGAACUAUGGAUUUAGCGCCGAUGGUGAAGGUGUCCUCAGAUUUGCCAGACUUGUGAAGUCUUAUGAAUCACAGGACCCUGAAAUAGCUGCCAUGUCCAGCAAACUGAAAUCCUUCUUCCUGCCACCGUUACCUCUUCCCCCCCACGCUGGUCUCUCCGCCCCUUCAUCGUGAACUCUUCUUCUCCUUGUUCCAAAAUAGCAGACUAUGUCUGAUCCAUCACUCACUCCUCCAUUUGUUACACACUACAUCCCUCCUUGACUCUGACAGUUGCGGGGCCAUGGAUUUAAUUCAUCUUUUCUGUCUGUAACAUUCCCAGGGGGAAUCGUUUAGGCCCACCCUGUCUGGUAUAAAUGGACCUUUUUGUGCUGACAUAAGAAAUAUAUUGAUAUUGAGAUCUCGGGGGGAGUAUGGGCCGGUAUUGAUCUGUCUCUUAUACUGAUCUGUACAGAGGGGAGGCAGUGCUGAAAAAAUAUAAACAGAAAACAUUUUCAGUUUAUGGGGAAAAUAGACAACUUAAAGGGGAACUAUUGUGAAAAUGUAAUAUUAGCUUCAUCAUACUGAAAUAAGAAACCUUCUAAAUACAAUCAAUUAAAAAUUCUGUACCGUUUCUGAAAUAAUCAAGUUUAUAUUCAUUAUCCCUCUCUCGGUAUCUGUUUCUCUUCAUUCUGUCUUCAUGCAGCAGUUGGGUGUCAGAUAUUCAUUGACAGUUAGAUCCAAUAUAUCUUAUAGGGGGGCUCCUUUUGCCUAGAAGAUGUAUUAGAGCUCACUCUCUCACCAGACAUCAUGUCUCUCUACAUGCAGGAUUUGUGCAAAAGGCAGUUAUUUUGUUAGACUUUGUUUGUACUGGAAUAAGUUAUUUGAGUGAGCUCUAAUACAUGUUCUAGGCAAAAGGAGCCCCCCCUAUAAGAUAUAUUGGGUCUAACUGUCAAUAAAUAUCCGACACCCAACUCCAGAAUGAAGACAGAAUGAAGAAAAAACAGAUGCUGAGAGAGGGAUAAUGAACAUAAACUUGAUUGUUUCAGGAACAGUACAGAAUAUUUAAUUGAUUGUAUUUAGAAAGUAGCUUAUUUCAGUAUGAUGAAGCUUAUAUUAUUUUUUUCAUUUUUCCCUUUAAGUCGGUGGCUGUCCAACUGGAAGCCCCAAUUCUAGAUGCAGCCGUCAAAAUAAUGUCUAUGUCCCCCUGCUUACCCAUUGGCUAAUUAUGCUUUUUUAUGACAUCAUCAUUUUAAUAUAAACAGGCCCAUGAUCAUUUGGCACAUUAAAUAUGCAGGCAGGGUGUUGCCUUUCUAGGAGGUAUUUCCUAGAACAGUGAUCCCCAACCAGUAGCUCGUGAGUAACAUGUUGCUCCCCAACCCUUGGGUGUUGCUCCCAGUGACCUCAAAGCAGGUGCUUAUUUUUAAAUUCCAAGCAAGUUUUGGUUGUAUAAAAACCAGAUGUACUGCCAAACAGAGUCUCCUGUAGGUUGUCAUUCCACAUAGGAGCUACUAAAUAACCAAUCACAGUCCUUAUUUCGCACCACCCAGGAACAUUUUUCCCUAACUCUUACAUCUGAAUGUUGCUCACGGGUGAAUAAAGGUUGGACACCCCCCGGCCCUAGAAGGUUAGAAAAGGAACAAAAUGUAGCCAGUGCCGGAUACUGUACAGUGUAAAGGCCUUUUCAGAGGAGAUUGUAAACAGUGGCACAAAUAAAGCGGAUGCAAGGCUUGCAACUUCACUGACAGUUGGGCUGUUGCCGAUGGCAACUAGGGGUGCCUAGGCCAUACUUUUCAUUAUGGUCCAUGGGUCUCUAGUUAAACCACUGGCUAAAAAAAUAAAAAAUAAUUUAAAGCUAA